CCUGGUAUUUCCUUAUUAUUUUUAAGUGUCUGUAGAGUCUGAAGUGAUUUCAUCUUCUUAAUUUCUGAUGUUGGUAAUUUGUGUCUCCUCCCUUUUUUUUUUUUCUGUUCAACAUUCUGGCUAAAGAUAUGUCCACUUCAUUGAUCUUCCUUAAGAACUGUAUCAGUUUCAUCAAUUUUCUCUAGUCUCCUGUUUUCAGUUUUACAAAUCUCUGCUCGUAUGCUUAUUAUUUACUGUCUUGUACUUGCUCGUUUUUCUAGGUGUUUAAAGGAGGAAGUUAUUGAUUUGAGAAGUUUCUUCUUUUUGAUUAUAAUUAUUUAAUGCUAUGAAUUUUCUACUAAUCCUGCUUUAUCUGUAUCCCAGACAUUUUGAUAUGCUGUAUUUUCAUUUUUACUUAGUUCAAAAGGUUUUCUGAUUUUCCCUGACACUUCACUUUUGACCCAUGGAUUAUUUGGAGGUGAGUGGUUUAAUUUUCAAAUACUUGGGGGAUUCAUCAGAUAUUGUUUUGUUAUUGAGUUUAAUUGUGAUAGGAUCAGAGAAUACACUUUAUACACCUGGCUGUCUGGUGUCACUGCUUUCUGUGGUGGUGGCACAGCUCAAGCCGACAGGCCCAGGUGGAGGGCAGAGACGCAGGGCUUCACUGAUGCCGUGCUGCGAGCAGGUCAGACCACCUGCCUGAUGGCUGGGUCUAGUCUCAUCAGCAGCUACCAGUGUGGGAGGAAACCUAUAGCCUCCACCCUCCCCAUGUCUGGUGAUGCUCAGGCUGAGAGGCAGAGCUGCUGAUUCGCUCUGGAAAGACUGACUGUCCCCAUUGGCCCAGGAGGUCCUUGGCUGCUCCCACCUCUGUAUAUGUGACUCUGGGCUGUGACCUCCGCCAUUGCCCCAGCUAAGCAGCGAGAGCUUGCUGAAGUUCAGAAGGCUGUGGAACCAUGAGGGCAGCUCUCUGGAUCCUGGGACUUGGGCCCCUUAUUCUCAAUCUCUGGGCAGUCCCGAUUGGUGGACCAGGUGCUCUCAGGCUGGCGUUCAGACCCAGCACAUGCGACGGAGUGGUGCUGGUCCGACACCACGGGACGUGGGGACACGUGUGCAACCAGGAUUGGACGCUGGCUGAGGCCUCUGUGGUGUGCAGGCAGCUGGGCUGCGGCCCUGCCGUGGGUGCCCCCAAGUACGUCCCGCUGCCUGGAGAGAUGGCCUCGCCCUGGCUCCACAACGUGUCCUGCCAGGGCAAUGAGCCCUCUCUCUGGGAGUGCAGGCUUGGUGCGUGGAGCCAGAGCCCGUGCCCCCACGCAUGGGUGGCGGUCGCUCUGUGCUCCAGUAAGUAGGGUGGA